ACACACAUAGAAAAAACAUUAAACAUUGGUGCACUGAGAUGAAAGACGUAUCUUAAUUCUUGGUUAUGAAUGCCGCAGUUCGGACCUCUUUUUUGUUUUGUCUCUUUCUUGUGACGGUCUUUGGACAGGAACAGUUUCAUGGCUUUUUUAAAUUUAUUGGUUAUAUAAACAGUCCAGAAACGUCCUUUGUAAACGAUCAAAGUAAUAAUGAAUCGAGGAGUGAAUGUUCAUCCCAGUGUUUACAAGAAGACAAAUGUUAUUUUUUCGACAUAUGUAAGAAUGGUAGUUCGACAUCAUGUUUCUUCUAUGACAACAACGUACCCAACCCUCCUGGUGUUGAUAAUGGAGCAUGCAGACGUUAUGAAUUGAAACAAACGUGUGAUAUUGAAUACACUUCUCCCUGCCGAUGCCCAACCAAUAUGGGAGAUGAACGCUGCAACCACAAAUAUGAUUGUAGUGGAACUUUGGUUGACAGGAAUACGCCUUCGUACAAAUUUCAUAAAACAUUUCCAAACAGCGUAGUAAAGGAGAUGUGGUGCGAGAUGGAAAUAGACAACGGGGGUUGGAUAGUUUUCCAGCGCCGUGUAGAUAUGAAUACAAAUUUCUACAGGGGAUGGACUGAAUACGAGAAUGGGUUUGGAGAUCUAGCCAACAAUUUCUAUAUGGGAAAUUACUAUCUUCACGAAAUUGUAAAAUCUGGAGAUUACGAGCUUAGAGUUGACUUGGAGGAUCAGGCUGGAGAAUGGGCGUAUGCCGCCUACACGGACUUUAUGAUUGGAGGACCCUCCACAUCCUUUAUAUUAAAUGUAUCGGGAUUCUACGGAAACGCAAGUGACAGUCUUGACCAUCAAAACGGAAUGAAGUUCACUACCUACGACAGAGACAACGAUGAAAAAGAUGGGUCAAAUUGUGCUGUUUCCUUCAAGGGCGCGUGGUGGCACAGAGGCUGUCACUUCAGUAACCUGAAUGGUCAAUAUGGAAUUGAUUCUGCACGUGGUAUCAUUUGGUACCACUGGCGUGGCUAUGCUCAUUCUUUAGUUAGAGCUCAGAUGAUGGUGAGAAGGAAAAUUAAACACCAGUACUAAUUUUAGUUUCAAAGUCCCGAACAAUAAACUAAUUAAGCAUAUUGGAAUGAAAGUUAUACAUCUAAUUCAAACUGAAAUAAAUCUAAAAAAGAUAACGUGCAUAUCGAUUUGAGAAAAAUUUAGUCAAAGCAAGUUGUAUUUAUUCUUUAAUAUUAAUUCAUUUCAAACGAAUGUCUUGGAAGUUUCUACAUUGUAUGUUUUUUUCUUUUAACAAUUUCUGUCUUAAAGACUUCUUGUAUCUUCUUUUCAACUUGACAUCUUAAAUACAAAAGCAAUAUUCAUUAACAUGAAAAAUUAAAAUUAAUGCGUUGAAAAAAUAUAAUGGAUUAUACUGUUUGCGUGAAAAGCAUAUCCAUUAUCAUGUUUGGUAACUGAAUUGCACCACCAAGGACACCUUUCAUCGAUUUAUCGUUUCAACCUUUAUAUUCCUUAAAUAAUACAUGUCUUGUGACUUGUUCUUAUCUAUAUUGAUAUAUUUUACAUGGUAAUUUUUCCGUGUAGAAUUCAUGUUAUCCCGCCAAAGUUUUUAGGAAUAUUUUUGUAUAUGUAAUCGAUGUCACGAUAAUUUGACAGUAGAUUCAUUUGUUCACUUUCUUAGCAUUUUCCAACUUUCAUCAUUUUUUUUCAUCUUGAAAAUUUAUUUACCCGACCAUGCCUUUUUAGCAAUAAGUUCAUUAACUUAAUUAAAUAUGCCCUAUUUAUUAUAAUGUACGUUUCAGAACAGUGUAA